GAGGCUUCUGGGAAGAAAGGUCAAGAAUUGGUCGGUGGUGGCUGUGGACUAAAGGCUCUGAUUCAACAACAAAGACUGUUGCCUUGCCUGUGAAACAAACAUCACAAUGUGAACAGCGACUAUCCUGUACGAUUUCAUUGUCUUCCUUUACCUUCAAUGUAACCCGGCGAGAGUUACACUAGCAUGCGUUUUUUGUCCAAGAAGGCUAGCUAGUGUUAGCAAACUAGCUAGCAGCGCUAGCAUGCUUCUUGUUUUGCUGUAGUGGACGUUCCUCCCAGUGGAUCCACUUUCCACGCUGCCUCCCCAAGUGAUGUUAUCUCGUUACCGCCGGGAACAUGGAUGAUAAGUCCAGCAGCCACCACAGGCUCCUGGUGGUCGUGCUCAUGGCGCUGAUCUUCGGCGUCAUCAUGAUCCAGUACGUGUGUCCGAGCAGGUCCGAGUGCCAGGUGCUCCACCAGCUGGGCUCCUGGUUCAACUUGGCUGGUGCCGCUGGGUCUCCCGGUGAUAUUCAAGAGCAAAGGGAUCCUUACAUUGCAGAAGACGGCGCCUUGGUGCGCUUCAUCCCCCGCUUCAACUUCACCCAAACUGACUUGAAUCGCGCCGUGGACUUCAAUAUAAAAGGAGACGAUGUCAUUGUCUUCCUGCACAUUCAAAAGACCGGAGGCACCACGUUUGGUCGACACCUGGUGAGGAACAUCCAGCUGGAGAGGCCCUGUGAGUGCCAUGCUGGCCAGAAGAAGUGCACCUGUUACCGGCCAGGGAAGAAGGAGACGUGGCUCUUUUCACGGUUCUCCACCGGCUGGAGCUGCGGCCUUCAUGCGGACUGGACUGAGUUGACCAGCUGCGUCCCGUCACGUAUGGACUCGAGGGAAGCUCCAAAGGCCAUGCUGAGUAGGAACUAUUACUACAUAACCAUCCUGAGAGAUCCGGUGUCACGCUACCUGAGUGAGUGGCGUCACGUCCAACGCGGCGCCACCUGGAAGGCCUCCUUGCACGUGUGUGACGGACGUUCCCCCACGCUGUCCGAACUUCCCAGCUGCUACCCGGGAGACGACUGGUCAGGUUGCACCCUGCAGGAGUUCAUGGACUGCCCUUACAACCUGGCCAACAACCGUCAGACACGCAUGCUGGCUGACCUGAUCCUGGUGGGCUGCUACAACGUCUCGGCCAUGAGCGAGGAGCAGCGCUGGGCGGUGCUCCUCGAGAGCGCUAAGCGUAACCUGCGCGGCAUGGCCUUCUACGGGCUGACCGAGUACCAGCGCAAGACGCAGUACCUGUUUGAGCGCACCUUCAACUUGGAGUUCAUUGCGCCAUUCACCCAGCUCAACGGCACACGGGCCUCCAGCGUCGACGUCCCAGCCGACACGCAGCAUCGAAUCCGCCAGCUGAACCGAUGGGAUGUGGAGCUCUACGAAUACGCCCGCGACCUUUUCCUGCAGCGCUUCCAGUUUGCGAGGCAACAGGAGCGCAGGCAAGCCAGGGAGAGGCGGCAGCAAGAGAGGAGACGGCUGCGCGGCAGACUCGCAACCAAGCAGGGACGCCAGCAGAAACCCACAGUGGCACCCCCUGCGGCUGACAGCCACCUGGUUGUAGCUGAGUCACUAGAAAGGUCUGAUGAAGACAGCGUGGAGUCUGAGGGGCUACUGCCGGUGUGGUGGGAAGUGGAUGAGAAUGGCACAAUGGAGGACUACAUGGACAAUGUGGAGCAGUGGAAAUGACCGUUUCAGUAGUGUAGGUUUUAAAGAGGCCUUACUUUUAGUUAUUGUGGAGCAGAAAGUUGACAAACAACACUUUGUCAGGAAAAAUAUAUCAACCUGCACCAGUAACCUUUACAGAAUAUUUCUGUUAUUUAUAAUUGUAAAUUGUCAAUAGUCAUUCAGAGACAAGCACAGUCGUUCUAUCAUAGCUAUUGAUCUUUGCUAAUCUUACUGUGAUUUUAUUAUACUGUGAUUUAUUCCUCAGUAGCAGGUUUGACCCGACCAUUGUUCAUUUCUUUUAUUUGUGUAUUUAAUUUAUAUUUUAUGUCCAAGAACCACAUUAUGCAAACGAUAACUGAUUCAUGUUAAAUCUUUGUGGGGAUCGAUGGACGUCGCCAUCAGUAAAUUGAACACAUUGCAGCUGUUGCAUCCUAAAGCGAUUCAGGCAGAAAUCAUCUUGUCAGAGGAGAAAAGAUGCUCUGACUCAUCUUGAGAUAUCCUCAGACAAUAAUCUUCACGUCGACUGACACAUUUUUUUGCCUUUCAGUUGUGAACACGGCCUUCCAGUCGUUUGUCAUUGCAGUGGAACACUUUCUUACCUUAUUUUUUUAUGAUGAACAACUAAUACUUUUUAUGUUCAAGAGCAACGUUGUUCAAAGUGUCUGAAAUGAAAACAUUUACAAAUGUGGCUAUUUUAUAACAGGAAACGGAUACCUCAAUGUGUAGUGUAACUGGUAUUGUAAAGUAACUGAAUGUUAUGUAUCUUUUUAUAUAUAUAAAAAAAUACUUUGCACUCAAGGAAAUGUGAUUAUUUUCUAUAAUGUAGGUCCCUGGAAGCACCAGCAGAGGGAGUUCAGCUCAAGCUGGCAGCAGCGUCAUUCAUCAGCUACUGUAUACCAAAACAUAAUAGCUAAGGCUGUAAAAUGUGUGAA